GUGACAAUGGUUGCACGAUUUCAAGACUCGGAGCACGAUACACACAGGUGUAAUCUAGAGCACUGAGUGUGCCUCAGACUCACGGCAGGAUGGGGAGAGGAGUUGGGCCCUACCUAAAAACGCACCAGAUUCCUCGACCCCUCAGGCCCCCUGUAAGUCCUUCCUCGUUGUCACGAGUCUCCUCCUCGCGCUCGAAGGGCUUCUCACCCGCGUCGUUAGGAAUAACAAGCUGGUGUGUGUGCAAGAAGGGCGCAAGACAGGCCACGAAUCUGGGGGCGGGAUCGAAAGCACUUGCGAGGGGUUGUUGAAGUGAUGGGGGAUGGCAAGAAAGAUUCGAGCCGCGUGCGAAGGGCCUGAUGAGGUCGACGCAGCUUGUGGAUGGCUGGUGAGCGAGUCGAGGGUAAAACGAAGCUUGGUGUGGC